AUGCCUGGCAGACAGUCUACUACGGCCCCUUCGCUCAAGAAGCCUAAACCUAAGAGGCAAAAGGCCAAACGCUCCCUGAAUGCUCUCGCUAUAGCGGAGCAACAGAAUCCUACAAGAUCUAAAAUCCGUCAAAGUCGCCUUGGCAAGUCUGAGCCCGAACCAACCAAGCGCAAGAGGCCGGAAGAUGACGAAGAUGGCCAGUUUGAAAAUGGUGAUGGGAAGGAAAAAAGGCGGAAAACUUGGGGCAAAGAUCAGUAUGGGGGUGAAAUCGAACACGGGAAUGAUAGCAGUGGGAACGAGUGGGUAGUUGGUCAAGUCAACAGUGACGACGACAGCGACCUAGACAGCGAUGAGGCCUUGGGCUCGAGUGAUGAGGAGAGAUUUGAAGGAUUUGGAUUUCCAGGUUCUCAAGAUGAGACUUCGCGCAGGAAGGCUCAUUCGAGAAGAGCAGACCCGGAGGUAGAUAAUGAUGAGCUACGAGACGUUGAUCUACGUGAGGAUGGCGAUGAGGUCCUUGGCUCGGAUCAAGAAAGUGAUGGCUUGGGCGAAGGUGCUGUCGACUUGGAUACUAUGCUAGAUGCUAGUGAUGAUGAUUAUGACGACAAUUACCUACAUCAAAGCCCAGGUCAAUCCAGCCAAAGUCUCCAUGGGUCAGAGAGCGACGGAAAUCCAGACAACGGAUCAUCAACAGAGGAUGGAGAGUCCGUGCUUUCGUACUCCGGGGAUGAAGACGAUGCUCAAGAAUCUGCGAAGCUAGCUUCGCUACAGACCAUGGUCUCUACUAUGAAUGAGCAAAACCUGAAUACUGGUCGCAGCAGAGCUCCUGUUGAUGCUCAAGAGUCCACCACUCCGUCAGAGUUCGGACUGAAAUCGAAGCGCAAGCUCACGAUCGCUGAUAUGAUUCCUUCUGUGACGGAUCCUGGAUUACGAAAGUCGCUCAAACUUCUCGCGGACAAUGAUCCCAAACCCACCAGCAAACGUGGUGGGAUACCGAAGAAGCUAGAUGUCCCUCUUCCGAAGAGGCAACAAGAUCGUUUGAACCGAGCUGCUGCCUAUGAACAGAGCAAAGAGACUCUCAACCGCUGGAUAGACACAGUAAAGCACAAUCGGAGAGCAGAACACCUUUCUUUCCCUUUAAAGGACCCUAACGCGACUGCUCCCCCGGGUUCGCAGCGUUUGAUGCCUGUUUCUCACUCGCAGCCUUUGACAGAUCUCGAGGGUACCAUACAACAUAUCUUAAAAGACAGCGGCCUAGUGGGUCCAAAUGGCAGAUCCGAGGAAGAACAGAUGCAGGCAUUCGAAGAGCUGGAAACGAACAAAAUGCCCCUUGAAGAGGUCCAGGCGCGAAGAGCAGAAUUGCGAAGAGCUCGGGAGCUUCUGUUCAGAGAAGAAAUCCGUGCGAAGAGGAUCAAAAAAAUCAAGAGCAAAUCGUACCGGAAGGUACACCGUAAGGAACGCGAGAGAAACCUGCAACGAGAGAAGGAUACGCUCACAGCGGCUGGUGUGGAUGACUCUGAGAGUGAAAAAGAAAGACAAGACCGGCGACGAGCUGAAGAGAGGAUGGGAGCUCGGCAUCGAGAGAGCAGGUGGGCGAAGGGCGUCAAGGAUAGCGGGAGGGCUAAGUGGGAUGAAGAUGCUCGUGGUGGAAUGACCGAAAUGGCGAGAAGAGGAGAGGAUCUCAGACGAAGAAUUGAAGGCAGAACAGUGGCUGGAGAUGAUGAUGGAAUGGUUUCAUCAGAGUCUCAGUCUGACGAGUCUGAAGAGGAGGAGGACAUCGAGGACGGAGACACCAGGAACAGUCGCAAAUUCCAGGAUCGAUUGCGGAGACUUGAUGAGGACGGUAAUGAACUCGACUCUAAUGACAAAGGUUCCAGGCUCGCAUCGAUGGAUUUCAUGAAGAAAGCAGAAACACUUCGCAAGACAAGAAAUGAUGCAGAUGUGGAACACCUUCGACGAGACUUCGCCGGUGAGGAGACUCCUAGCGAAGAAGAGGGUCAGGAGGGCCAAGGGAGAAAGUCGUAUGGUCCCAUGAAAAGCCAGACCUCAUCUACAAAAGGUCGUCAAUCAGAUCGGAAGGCUGAGAAGAACGAGUUCGAAGAGCGACCUGACUCCGACAACGAAGACGAGGAAGAUCAGGACGGAACCAAAGACGAAGAUGUUGACAUCGUGGUCGACAACUCCAGCGUUCAGGUAAAAGCUAACGCCGUAGUAAAGCCAUCGCUUGGUGACAAGCCUAGGAGGAAACCCUACGAGAACCAAGAAGUCCCCAUACAAGAAGCGAGCGAGAACCCGUGGCUGAUGGGUACCAAGAAAGAUUCAAGUGUCAGUAGACGACGAACACAGAAUCCCAAUGCAGGCGCCAUCAUUUCCAACAAUCAAGCAGUAAACGCUAUUCCACCUCCUGCUGAGAAGAUAAGACCACGUUCCGCCCUUAAAGGAGCACGGCAAGCAGAAGCUUCUCGUCAAAGCGUCCAACCAUCCAAAAAAGCAUCCACCCCAGCUAUCCCCAACACCGACAACCCCAACAGCGAAAAUGAGUCCGACGAUGCCGCAAAUCUGCCUUUCGUCCUUCGCAACCAAGACCUCGUGCGCAAAGCCUUUGCCGGCGACGAAGUCGUCGCCAACUUCGAGCAGGAAAAGCGCGCCACUAUCCAAGAUGAAGACGAGAAGGUCAUCGACAGUACCCUCCCCGGCUGGGGUUCCUGGACUGGUGCCGGCAUUGGCAAGAAAGCCGAAAGACGCAACAAGGGCAAAGUUCUCACCAAGAUACCCGGAAUAGUGGCAGAGAAAAGGCAGGAUGCGAAGCUGGACAGGGUUAUCAUCAAUGAGAAAAGGGUGAAGAAGAAUAGCAAAUAUUUGGCAAGUAGUCUGCCGCAUCCGUUUGAGACGAGACAGCAGUAUGAGAGGAGCUUGAGGCUGCCAGUGGGGCCGGAGUGGACGACGAAGGAGACGUUUCAAGGGAUGACGAAGCCGAGGAUUCUGAUGAAGCCUGGGGUCAUUGCCCCUAUGAGUAAGCCUAUGCUUUGA